AUGCCUAUUUAACAAGAAAUCUUAAAUGAAUUACUCUUAUUAAUAAAUUAAAAACUAAGUAGUAUAAAGAAAAUGUCAUUAAAUAAUCUAAGCUGGGAAAAAUUAGAAAAUCCAUCAAAAGCAAAAUUAAAAGAGUUUUAUUUAAAUAAAUAUAGAAUUAAAUUAGGUUUAUUUACAAAUCAUAAAGAAUAAUUACCAAAAUCAAAACCUAAACAAAGGAAUAUUUCAAUAAAAGAAUUAGAUCAUUUGGUUAAACCAGAAAUAGUAAAAGCUAGAAUGAUUACAGAUAAUUAUAAGGUACUCACAGCUUAAUUAAUAAAUAAAAUUACAUAAAAAUAAUAAGAAUAAGAAAAUUUUUGUAUAUUUCCAUAAAUAAAAUAAAAAAAAACAAAAAAAAGAUCAAAAACUGAACAACAUUAAAAUAAUUAAUAUAAUAAAUAGCAAAAAGCUCUUGCAAGGACUGCUUAUUUGAUUGUAUAAUGA